AUGUCCCAGCAGUACACUCUGCCAGUGAUUCUGCCCCCUGCCCUCUCUCAGGAGCCCCUCAAGCCUGCUUCUCCUCCCACCGAUACCCAGCAGGAGCAAGUGAAGCAGUCAACUCCACUGCCUGCCCCAUGCCAGGAGGUACACUCGGAGCUCCCGGGGGAGGUCCCCUUGGAGCUCAGGGAGAAACACACAAUUAUGAAGGGGGUGCCUGAGCAAAAGUGUGAACCAGAGCAAGCGGAGCCAGAGCAGCAAGAACAGCAUGUGGAACAGCAGCAGCAAGAGUCACAGGUGCAGGAAGUGCAUGUGGAGCUGCAGCAGCAAGAGUCUCAGGUGCAGGAAGUGCAUGUGGAGUUGCAGCAGCAAGAGUCUCAGGUGCCAGAAAAGUAUGUGAAGCAGAGACAACAAGAAUCACAAGUGCCAGAAGUUCAUGUGGAGCAGCAACAGCAAGAGUCACAGGUACAGGAAGUGCAUGUGGAGCAGCAACAGCAAGAGUCACAGGUACAGGAAGUGCAUGUGGAGCAGCAACAGCAAGAGUCACAGGUUCCAGAAGUGCAUGUGGAGCAGCAAAAACAAGAGUCACAGGUUCCAGAAGUGCAUGUGGAGCAACAAAAACAAGAGUCACAGGUGCAGGAAGUGCAUAUGGAGCAGCAGCAAGAGUCACAGGUGCCAGAAGUGCAUGUGGAGCAGCAGCAGCAAGAGUCACAGGUACCGGAAGUGCAUGUGGAGCAGCAACAACAAGAGUCACAGGUACCGGAAGUGCAUGUGGAGCAGCAACAACAAGAGUCACAGGUGCCAGAAAAGCAGGUGGAGCAGCAGCAGCAAGAGUCACAGGUGCCAAAAGUGCAUGUGGAGCAGCAGCAGCAAGAGUCACAGGUGCCAGAAGUGCUUGUCAAAAAGCAACAGCACGAGCUACAGGAACAGGAAGUGCAGCAGCAAAAAGAACAGCAUGAGGAAUAUCAGGAAGCAGAACACCUGGGGCCGCAGCUGGAGCAGGAGAAAACACAAAGAGAGCAGCACCUAAAAGGACAGCUGGAACAGGGGAAGGUCUUGGUCCAGCAAUUGGAUCAAGAACCAGCAAAGAGAGAGGAGCAACUGGAAAAGAAAGAGGAGCAGCUGCUGGAACAGCAGGACGGGCAGCUGAAACAGCCUGUGUUUGUCCCAGCUCCCGGCCAGGUCCAAGAGAUCCAACCAGUCCUGCCACUGAAGGGAAAAGCCUUGCCCUCUGAGGAAGCAGGAGGUGCAGUGCCUUCUAAACAUAAGUAA